AUGUCUGCCAACCAAUUCACUCCAAUUCACUUGCAACCCACCAGUCAAAAAUGCGGGAGGUGCCGCACAACCUUUGAUUACAACACAAUGUUCCAUUAUGUCAAAGGGAAAGAUGGCACUGGUCGCCGCUGUUGUCCAGAGCGUCACCAGCAUUAUGUGAACAGGCAAGCGGCCAGUGGCUCAUUGCAUGUUGAGUUCUCGGCCGUUCCAGGAGAAGUCAAUGCCACAGCAAGGAAGGCUCUUAUCAAGGCUUCUUCGGCAGCACAACAUGGAGGUUACACUUCUAACCAUUCUCUGCAUGGCCAACAAUGCGGCAAAAUGCUGGCUGCCUCAACAAUGCCUCAACACCAAGUUACCAUUCAAAUCGCUUUACACCAUCUUCAAGAAGAGGGUAAAUCUGGUUCAGAUUUAGUAGGAAAUAUAGAGCGUGAUAUUUCUGUCCCACUCUCCAUCACAUGCUGUUUCCUUCGUCUCAACAUUAUCAACACUUUACAGCCGUUGUUUUUGGAAUGGUCCAAGCAAUAUGACCUUUCACUAGAGAGUCUCGAGAUGCGCAGAGCCCCCAAGUUGAUACUAUAUGAUCCACGUACACUAUUUUUGAACAUGGAGUGCCUUGUGCUUCAUGACUUUUUCUAUCGUGUUUCUGGGACCAGUCCUAUUCCGAAACUUCAGUCCAACAUUAAAGUUAAAGAUAUUCUAAGCUGGAAAGAAGAGCAUGAUCAUAUAGUAAAAACUGGGGAAUAUGCAAUGGGCCAAGGCAGUGAUUCUGACUCUAGUAUGAGUCCCAUGGACAAGGUGAUGACUAUGCUGAAGUCCAAGCGUCUUGCACGGCAAAAAAGAGGCUCAUCAAGUUUGAGGGUGUCUGUCUCAACUUUGAGUUGUCAAAUCACACCUGCAGAGCAUUGUCGGUCUCUAUCACCCACCUCCAAGCCAGCUAUGUUGUUAAUGUUGUUAAAUGACAGCACAGGAGGGUAUUUUUAUGUCCCAGAAAAAAGUCUCAUGCAGGAAGCACCCGCCAGUGCUUUGGCGCCUGCAGGAAGGAAGCGGCUAGCAUUUAACAAUGAGCUAGGGAAGACGCUUGAUGAGACUAAUUGCCUGAUGGGCAACUAG